AAGAGUUUGAAGGUGCAUUUGCACUGCAUUUUAAUCGUUGAAAAAACUUACCAUAUAGAGCAUCGUUUUAAUUUCAUACAAUAGUAUGUCGACGUUAUUAUACACGAGCCAUUGUUAUGAUGAGCUGCCGCUAGAAAUAAUUCUGCGCAUAUACAGUUAUUUGGGCUACUCUGAUUUGCAAUCCGCCGGAUCCACCUGCAGACGUUGGCAUGCAGCGUUGGAUCAGACGGAGUUUAAUUCACGGACCCGCAUCCGCUUUGCAAAAGUUGUACUUUCGGAUCAAUAUGGACCCGCUGUUGAUUUCCUGAAAUGCGAACGCCAUUUCCGCCAUUUUGUGUUCGAAGAUGUUACUCUUGGCCAGGUGCAGAAAUUCAUAACACACAUAGGAAGCACUGCACACUCGCUAACGCUGGACAAUGUAGAUUUGAAUGACAAACAGUUCUAUGGCGUUCUGUGUUUAAUGCCUCACUUACGUGAAUUAUCCGUAGCUCGCUGUUCCCCGCUUUUCAUGUCUGGCACUUUUUUGGAUGGCACUGUGUGCAAUUUGAGUGAAUUAGCUACCCGGUUAGUCUGCGUACGGGAGCUGACACUUUGCGAAAAUCAGUAUUUAACAGAUGCAAUAUUGUUGCGCUUGACGUCAUUAAUGCCGAGACUAGAGGUUUUUAACAUGUCUGGGUGCCACAUAGCAUUUCACAAUGCCAUACAUCGGCGCUUCUAUCCGAAUGAUGGUUGUAGUACUCCCAGUGAAUCGGUACUUACGUUUAAAUACGUUUUAAAAGUUCUUACGGAGCAUCGUAAGCAUUUGCGCGAGUUGGACUUCAGUCACACACUCAUUGGACAGGCGUUGCUGGCGUUAUGCGAACUCGAUUCUGAGGGUAAUCCUGGUGUCCAACUACAAUGCCUUUAUUUGGCUGGUUGCCGACAGUUAAACGCUGCCACUGCCAAGAUUUUUCUCGCCACACAAUCUCAGUUGAGUGUCUUGGACUUGUCGGCGACUUUGUGUCUAAACGAUGACUCCUUAGCCUCCAUUGUGCAGUUCAAUCCGCAGCUACAGAAACUCAAGAUUAACGCAUGUUCAGCGGUGACAAACACCGGGGCUUCCCAGCUGCAUCGUUUAAGUCGGUUGCGUCACCUGGACCUCUCCAAUUGUGAUAGUAUCACUAGUAACGGCAUUAUAGAGGGAGUGGCACGCGAAGAGAAUCUUGUGCUGGAGGAGCUUGACGUAUCGUAUUUGCAAAUCUGUGAGGAAUGCAUCAAUGCAAUAGCUUCUAAUUUGCGUGCCUUGCGUUCCCUCCACCUGAGUCACUGUGUCAAUGGGGUUACCGACAAGGCAGUUCAGUGCAUUAUUAGUAAAUUACGUUGGCUGCGUGAGUUAUCUCUGGAAAGCUGCUGUCUGCUGACAGACGCUGCAUUGACAGGCAUUAAUUUGGCCAAACUAGAGCUUAAUCGCUCCAACUCACAGACAUCCUCGUUGGACAAUUUUUAUCCACCGAUCAGUCACACAUUGGCUGAACGCGAUAGAUUUGCCGGCUCGUUGCAAUCCAUAAAAAUAUCCCUGCGUAGCAAGGCUGAAGAGGAAAUUGUGCGUGAUGCCAAGCGUAAACAGGCCAUGUUUGCCGCUUACGAGAUGAAUCUAAUUAACGAUGAGGAUUUUGAGGGUCACAACAUUCAACAGCUGCGUGGUCUGCGGUCACUAAACCUCCGCGGCUGCAACAAGAUAAGCGAUGUUUCUCUGAAAUAUGGUCUAAAGCAUGUGGAACUGCGACGCCUCCUGCUCUCUAAUUGUCAGCAAAUAUCGUUGCUGGGCAUGGAACAAUUGGUGAACAAUUGCCCCUCUAUAGAGGAACUAGAUCUUUCGGAUUGCUACAAUAUCAAUGAUAAGACCAUACAAGUUGUUUCGAGUAAACUUCAACGAUUGCGUGCCCUGCAUAUUAGUGGCUGCAGUCAGUUGACGGACCACACUCUCGAUGCCAUUUUGGUAAACUGUACAUGUCUGCAAACGCUCUCCGUCUAUCGGUGUCGCCGCAUGUAUACGGACAUUGAAGACCGUUUGUCAGGCGUGCGGACGUUGCGCAACCUAAAUAUGGACAAUGUAGCAAGCAUUGAUAAUGCCGAGUUCUUUCGCUUAAAGAAACGACUAGAUUACUGAUAUUUCGCUGCAAUUUUUGUUGUGUUUAUACUUUAUUAUUUUCAAUUGUACAAUUUUCGCUAGUCAGCCAGAUAGUACGAAUAGAAAACAGUGCUAUGUUCAGCUAGAGGCUUCUUUAUUUGUUUAUAAGUUUUAUUUAACCAUAGCAGAGACGGUCCCGCUUUUAUUGACAUUUUAAUACAUAUACAUAUGUACAUACACACUUUUAAUGUGCAUACAUAAGCGAGGAAUUACAUAGGUCCUACAUGCACACUGACAUACAUAUAGUUGUAUGUAGCUGUUAGAUAGAAAAUCGAACGAAAAUGUAGCUGUGAUGUUCUUAAAAAAACUAUAUUUUAGGUGUACGUGUACUAUAUUAAUCAUGUGAUUUUUGUUGUUGGGUUAUUUUAUAUUUAUGUUGUUACAUGUUUAACUUUCUAUAAAAAAAUGUAUUGUACUCAAAAACCAUAUAUCAAAUAGUGUUCAAUGUGUGUGCACCUACAAAAUAAUAUUGAAUGGAUAACAAUAAAAUGCGUUAAAAACAA